AUGUCCUCCCACUCCAGCUUGGGCGAAUCAGGGGAGAAAGAACUCGCGGUGGACGUCAGCCCUACCGAGAGGGCUCGCAUUCUCCGGAAGAUGGAUUGGCAUUUGUUACCCUUUGUGUCACUCCUCUAUCUGCUCUCGUUCCUCGAUCGGAGUAAUGUUGGCAAUGCCAAAGUGGCAGGCAUGUCCAAAGAUUUAGAUUUGGUCGGGUUCCGAUACAACAUUGCCGCUGCUGUCUUCUUUUUCCUGUACAGCUUCGCCGAAGUCCCAUCGAACGUAUGCUUGAAGCUCUUUAGGCCGUCCAGAUGGAUCCCUUCGAUAAUGUUGGCGUGGGGCAUCGUCAUGACACUCAUGUGUCUAGUCACCUCUUACCAAGGGCUCAUCGUGGCACGCAUCUUUCUUGGCUUGACAGAAGCUGGGUUGUUCCCUGGUGUCACAUACUACAUUUCACUCUGGUAUCCUCGUAAAGACCAGGCAAGGAGGGUGGCUAUCUUCUUUUCUGCUGCAACUGUGGCGGGGGCAUUUGGUGGCCUUCUUGCAUACGGUAUUGAACGUAUGGAGGGGAUUGGCGGCCUGCACGGGUGGCAGUGGAUUUUCUGCCUCGAAGGUCUGGCUACUGUCCUUAUAGCUUCCCUUGCAUACUUCUUUAUGCACGAUUACCCGGAAACCGCGACGUUUAUAACAGACUCAGAACGCAAGAUCAUCCUUGACAUGCUGGAAGCGGACAAGUCGGGACUUGACACCCAGUAUCACUUUGAUUAUGUGUUGCAAGGGUUAAAAGACUACAAGUGCUAUGUUCAAGUGAUCAUUUACAUAGGGCUUCUCAUCCCAAUCUAUGCCAUCUCUCUUUUCACACCCACUAUCAUCAACGAACUCGGAUACUCAGCUGCUAACGCGCAGCUGUUAUCUGUCCCACCGUUCGUAGCUGGAUGCUUCUUCACUAUUUGGAUCGGUAUAUUGUCCGACAAGAUGGCUAUCCGUGGCCCCUUCAUCAUUGGAGGCGCUAUAUUUUCUCUUGUUGGCUACAUUAUCCUUUAUACCACGGACAGUGCGGGCCCUUCGUAUGCAGGCUCUAUUAUCGCAGCUGUCGGUGUUUUCCCGACUAUUGCUGUCAAUCUCGCAUGGGCUAGCGCCAACGCUGGUGGUGACAUGAAGCGCGGCGUUGCCAUUGCCAUGGUCAUUGGCAUCGGGAAUCUUGGGGGGAUUUGCUCUUCUUUCAUCUACAAUGAUCCCCCGAGAUUCCACAUCGGUCAUGGAACGAUAAUGGGAUUCCUUUGCCUUUCUGCUAUCAUGAGCGCGUUCGCUAUGUGGGACUACAAUCGACUCAACAAACAAAAGGAAGCGCUCUGUGCGCGCGAGGGCAUCACGGAAGAUAGAAAAGAUGAAUUCAAAUACAUGGGUGACAAGAGCCCUCUAUUCAGGUGA